GUAUGCUCGAGAGCGAGACAUGGCGGAUCCCGACUUACCGCCGCGCAACCGAUACUUGGAUCACGGGCAAAGGGAUGCCAUAAGUUCAGGUUACACAACUCGGCAGGAUGAGGAUUGUUCCUCGGUUGAUACCGUCCCUCCAGCAGGGAAUGGGAAGAGUAACCAUAUUAAAAAACUGGGUCAAGCUCAAACACGUGACCACCUACCUGCACAUCAUCAUGAUGAAGAAAGGAAUCGAUAUUUUCAGACUGCAGAUCCGCGAGACGGCCGUCAGCUGGACCAACGCGACGAGCGACAUCAUCACUACGAUAAUGUCCCAAACGAGGAAAAUGAAUACGACCGUUUUAUGCCCACACUGGAUCAUAGAUGGCAGAAUGACCGAGGCGACAACGACAAUUAUCAUGACGAUCACGAGGACAACUACGAUCGAAUUCGAGAGGACCGAACAAGGCGAGUUGGUGAAAACGACCACUGCGAUGAUCCACCUAGAACCCGCGGGCCAGCCAACAAUUACCGUGACUGCGAUGACGAUUUCAUGGAUUACGCAGACGAUGAGAUGAAUGACGUUGACGACUUCAAAUUAGAGGGGGAAAUGGAUGAUGGGCCAGAACGUGAACAGAGUGCGCACGAUCGCAGUCACCAUACUUCUAGUAGCAAACGCGGCAACCAGGAGGGAGAAGCUACAAAUAUCGCGCAACAUGAACUGCCGGGCGCAACGCAGUUCGGGUCUUUGCACCACGAGUCGAAAUCGGUAGACCGAGAAGAGAGGGAGCGCUUUCUUCUUCUGUGCCCUCUGGAGAUUGGCUUUUCCCAGUCGCGCUUAGCACCUGAAUUCCAAGAUGGC